AUGACCCCCUUCACAUUCAUCAAUGGAUUACCCCCUCCUGGUUGGAUCAAGUGUAAUGUCGACGCGGGUUUUAACCGCAAUCAAGGAACUACUAAUAGAGGUUGGUGUAUUCGGGAUGAUUAUGGGAAUUUUGUUAAUGCGGGUGUCGCUUGGGAUGUGGGUUCUUCUUCUAUCCUAGAAGCAGAGGCUUUGGCUUUGAAGGAAGCUAUCCAAGGAGCUUUAGCCCUCCAUCUUGACCAUGUUGUCUUUGCGAGUGAUUCACAACAAGUGGUGCAAGCUAUCCAUUCCAAUUCCAUACGAGGUUCCGAGUUCAGUUUUAUCAUUCAUUCUAUUAAGUUGUUGUUACUUAAUUUUCCAAACUUUGAGGUAGAGUUUGUUAAGCGUCAAGAGAAUAUGGUUGCUCAUUGUUUAACAAAGAAUGAAUUGCUUGAAUCAAUUUUUUUUACUAAACAGAUUAAAUAUUUCUAA